UUUCCAGUUUUCCACACUACUCGCCGCCGGCCGCCUUGCUUUCCAAGCCGUCGCGCGGGUCAAACCCCGGGACGCACGUCACGGGCCACUGUGCCACGGGCACGCACCCUCGCGCUUCCCCGUAUAAAACGACAGCUGCGCCGCGCAGGAGGGCUCCAGCCGACCGGGAAAACCACGAGCCAUCCGUGAAAUCGCCGCGCCAGAGCCUGCCCGAGCUCCGCCCACGCACGCUUCCAAGCUUCCAACGCGGCGCGGGCACGUGACGUGACACAUCGUCCCCGAGAUGGCGCCGCGCCAGCAGCAGCCGCUGCUCCCGAGCUUCCUCUACGCGCCGCGGCCCGGCGCCAGCGGCCGCCGGGAGGCGCCGCCCGCCGCGGUGGUGGCGGGGGCGCCGAGCGAGCCGUUUGGGAAGAUCGAGAUGUUCUCGCCGGCAUACUACGCGGCGGGCGCCGUCGGUGGGGCCGCGGCCUGCGGGUUCACGCACGCCGCCGUGACGCCGCUCGACGUCAUCAAGUGCAACAUCCAGAUCGACCCUGCCAAGUACAAGAGCACCUCGUCGGCGUUCGGCGUGGUGAUGAGGGAGCAGGGCCUCCGCGGCUUCUUCAGGGGCUGGGCGCCGACGUUCCUGGGGUACAGCGCGCAGGGCGCGUUCAAGUACGGCCUCUACGAGAUCUUCAAGAAGGAGUACACCGACCUCGCCGGCCCCGAGUACGCCGACAAGUACAAGACCCUCAUCUACCUCGCCGGCUCGGCCACCGCCGAGGUGUUCGCCGACAUCGCGCUCUGCCCCAUGGAGGCCGUCAAGGUCAGGGUGCAGACGCAGCCCGGCUACGCCAGGGGGCUCCGCGACGGCUUCCCCAAGAUCGUCAGGUCCGAGGGAUAUGCAGGGCUGUUUAGAGGACUGGUUCCUCUUUGGGGGCGACAGAUUCCUUACACCAUGAUGAAGUUCGCGACAUACGAGAACAUCGUGGAGAUGACCUACAAGCACCUCAUCUCAACGCCAAAGGAUCAGUGCAGCAAACCACUCCAGCUCGGAGUCAGUUUCGGGAGCGGCUACAUCGCCGGAGUCUUCUGCGCCGCCGUCUCGCACCCUGCCGACAACUUGGUCUCGUUCCUGAACAACUCCAGGGGAGCCACUGUCGGAGAUGCUGUCAAGAACCUUGGCCUCAUGGGCCUUUUCACGCGUGGCCUUCCUCUUCGCAUUCUGAUGGUCGGUACCCUGACUGGCGCUCAGUGGGUCAUCUAUGAUUCCUUCAAAGUUAUGAUUGGACUGCCAACGACAGGUGGAGCGCCUGCUCCUACCACUGUCCCACUGGAAGGGCUGGCAGAGCUGAAAGCCUCUGCUUGAAGGUCCAAAACUUUGACAGAUAAUGUAAUUCUUUCAUCGUUACUACGUGGGUGUUUGGGAGACAAGGGCUAAACUUUAACCCUGUCACAUCGGAUUCGGAUACUAAUUAUGAUAACUAAAUAUGAGCUAAUUACAAAACUAAUAGCAGAACCCCUAGGCUAAAUCGCGAGACGAAUCUAUUAAGCCUAAUUAAUCCAUCAUUAGCGAAUGGUUACUGUAGCACCACAUUGUCAAAUCAUGAACUAAUUAGGCUUAAUACGUCUCAUGAUUUAACCUAGGGGUUGUGUAAUUAGUUUUGUAAUUAGUCUAAGUUUAAUACUCCUAAUUAGUGUCCAAACAUUCGAUGUGACGGGGGCUAAAAUUUAGCCCCCUCCUCCCAAACUCCGCCUAUAUUGGUGAUUGUAACAAUUUUCCGCCCGGAGGGUUGUCCCAGGCUUGCGAAAUUUUUUAAUAAAUUAGUUACUGCUACCUGUUAUGAACAGAAUACGAAAGAUGAAGUUACUAGUCAUAAAGUUGAUAAAAAUAUUUGGAUGCAAAUUAUUUGGGUUUGUACUAAACUGACCCUCCUUUGGUCAAUUGAUGGCACUAAUUGGGUGCCCUAAUGUAAAUGACUAAAUGUAUUCAUAUCGGAUAAUACCAUGUUUCAUGUUGCAGCAUGGCUUCAA